GCAUCCUCUUCAUCUUUAAACCCUACACCAUUAACGUUCACCAUAAUCACUUACCUUUAAUCUGUUUCUGUCUGAGAAUCUAUGGGGUUCUUCGACCUUAAUAUUCCUUACACCGAUUCCACGCCGCCCAGCAAGGCGAACCCCGCCGCCAAAUCCACCCGCAUUAAAAUUGUGAUCAAAGCGAUGGAGGGCUACACGGGAAUCGCUUACAACCUUACGAUCCGGGGAGUCAUGUCUGAUCGCGACCGUUAGGCCGUUGAACCAAAUUGCAUUUGAUCACGCGUGCGAAAAGGCCGAGGUGGAUAUAAUUUCAAUUGAUCUCUCAGAUAAGUUGCCGUUUCGAUUGAAAUCACCCAUGGUUAAAGCUGCUAUUAAGCGUGGGAUUUAUUUUGAAAUUACAUAUUCUGAUCUUAUUGUGGAUGUUCAUCGAAGGGGGCAAAUGAUAUCCAAUGCUAAGUUGCUGCUGGAUUGGACUAGAGGAAAAAAUAUCAUAUUUUCCAGUGCUGCACCUUCUGCUUGUGAAGUUAGAGGACCGAAUGAUGUUGCAAACUUAGCAUCGUUGCUUGGUCUCUCUAUGGAGCGAGCUAAAGCAGCUAUUUCCAAAAAUUGUAGGAGUCUUUUGACUAAUGCUUUAAGAAGAAAGCACUUUUUCAAGGAGGUUAUCAGAGUUGAAGCAAUGUCAUCUAGUCAGCCAUCUGACUCUGAAACACCUUGUCCUGCUGGCUGGCUCAAGUGGGAUCCCAUCUCUAGUGGUGAAGGUGAUUUAUUGCUGGAUGACAUUGCAAAGUCUUUCUCUGCCUCCAAUAAUGAAUCCAAAACUGUGAGAGCCAUUGAUUUUGGUUCAAUCACUGACAAGAUGCCAUCCCAUGGCUUCCAUGGAACUGAGGCUUCCUUCUAGCCACCGAAAAAAGUCAGAAGCUUUUUGUCUACUUCUGAGCCAAUUGAGUUAUUGUUACAAAUAAUCGGGUGUUUGAAAAUUCCAUCAAGCUCAAUCUUCUUCCUGAAAAGGAUGAUGCUUUGUUAGAUAAUACAUGUUCAGAACAUCAAACCUCUGUAUUUGGGGAUUCUCGAAAGGUAGUGAUAACUAACACGGUUACAACUGAGGAGAACUAGAGACUUAUAAUGCCUCAGAUGUAAGAUUUGCUUCCAUUGAAACUGAAAACCAAAACCAGGGUCUGCAACCAGAAAAGUGUAAGGAACAAAAUAUUGUCGUACUAAAUGAGAAUGUGAGUGAUGGUGUAAAUGCUGUAAUACCAAGUGAAAAUGUGAUCUCAUCAAACAUUUGCCAUGGACAUUGAACUGGAUGCAGCUGCUUCGGAGAUUUCUUCUCCAUCUGAGAACAGUAGUUUACCUCCUACUCAGGGUGGGGAGUGUAAUAGUUCUAUAGUUUUUCAUGUAGAUUCAGGUGCAGAGACUUAAGGUAGAUGAUGUAGCAGUUAGUAUGGAUAUGGAAGACCAGGAGAAUAUGUCAUUGCCCUUGAAUAAUAUGUCUUUUCUUGAAAACAUCUCAGGAAGGAUACCAGUGAGGGUUUCUGAAGGUGAUGCAGGUAUUGCUGAUCAAAUUUCACUUCAGCAGUCUGGCAAUGAGAUGAGAGUUAAGAAUUACUCUUUGGUGGAUGUAGAGACCCAUUUUCUUAAAAGAUAGAACUAGCAAGAGAUACUCUCUUAGGAGGACUCUUCCACUACCAUAUCUUUUAAAGCAACAACUACACCAACAAACGUGCAAAAACCGAGCAAGGAGUUUAGUUGUAUUAGGAUUCUAAAAAUAGUUAGUUUUUUUCACU